AUGGAUCUUUUCUCCAUCGAACGCUGUGAUCGUGAAAUUUUUUAUUUUCUGUCAACAAGUCUUGAUAAAGAUAUUUCACUUGAAUUUGCUCGACUUGCUAUUGAUAAACUAGGUCUUCGUGGAGUUAUAUUUCGUAUGAAAAUUGAUCCAAAAAAAGUUAAUUUAUCAAAUCCAUAUGCAUCCUUAAUUUUUCGUGUUGUUCAUAUUCGACAAAUGAAAGAUGAAAAUAGAAUUUGGCAAGUUUAUUUAAAAUUAGCAACAAAUCAAGAUGAUAUACAACUUGAACAAUUAACAAAACAUUUACGUGAAGAUCUUCAGUGUUCAUUGAAUCCUUGGGAAAGUUUAGCCAAAUUAAUAUUAAAUAUUGAAUAA